AUGCCUAGCGAGAAUCCCUCCUCUCACGAUUUUACCAUCGACACACUUGACAUAUAUACCCUGGCAACGUCAGCAACUAUACGCCGCAGAGCCGAAGACGUCUCCGCUUCUGAGGCCCUCGCGCAUAGCAGAUACCUCGGGACAUCUCCAGUGAAUCCAUCUCUUGCUAUCUCGUUCUCCACCCUCGAACUCUUCCGCUGUAUCAGGCUUUUUAAGCCAUCCUUUAGUGUGGAGGCCUUCGCGAAGCUCGUAUCUUACUACUACAAGAUCCCUUUCCGACGUCACUACCGCACUGCCAUCGCAAAUGCGUUCGACAUCUAUCUCAGCAUUCUACGCGAGGUUCGCAAGCGCAUCAACACUACCUUGGGUCAAGACACACCUAACUGGCAUGUUCUGAAUGCAUGCCCUGCCUGCACAUACGAACUUGAUGAGGAGCCACCUCUCGAGUGGCGGCGCAUCUUCGCAAUGGAUGGCAACAACUCACUCAAGCGAAUCGCAGAGGUCAGCAACCGUGCGCGCGGUGACAUGCGCAGCUUUGCAACGAGCGACUACUUCUUGUCCCGGGACUUCGUCGAUCGCUAUGCCAACGAGGUGAAGUCAAGGCCUCGCUCGAAGAAGGUUGACACUCGCAGUGGACAGCCCGGGGAUCCAACGGACGGCGAGGAUGGCAACGUCACGACAGCUCCAUGUGCGACCAACUGGAAGGCAGCGGCUUCUGAAGAUCACAAGCAUAUGUGGGCCAUAUUCGAUGAGGCAGGCAUUUUUGUAGCUGCGUGCAGGCACGGCCUCAUGCUCUGGGUCACGGACAUGGUCCAGAGCGGUGAACUUGCAAAAUAUCCCCUGGCAAUCUUGGCCAAGGCUUUAGAAGUCUUCGGCAUCAGGCUUCUCGUGCCCUACAAUAUCGGAUGUGUAUUCCAGGAAACUACAGCACGAAGUUCGCUGGGGCCAGAUUGGCUGCAAAGCGGCUCUCGGUGCUGCGUGAACACGUUCCAUGGAUACACGCACAACUAUACUUGCCAGAUGCAGAACCACCUGAACAUUAUCAAGGGGAUGGGCCUCGAGGAUGGCGAGACCCUCAAACGGCUCUUUAGCGCAUCUAAUAGCCUCGCAUUGGUCACCUGGUAUGCGUCACCCUACCGUCGGCAUGUCCUCAUUGACCUCUUCUUCCAGCAAUGGGAUGACGAGAAAUAUGGUAAUCUUAGUCUAAUGUUGUACAACAACUGUGUACAGGCAUUGAAGAUCAUCAACGAGGAUUCUAUCGCACUGGCCGAUACCAUGCAAGCUCUCACGGUCAGCCGCGAAGAUCUUGACAAAUGGUCUUUGGAAGAGCGGCACUAUUUCAAAACUCUGGGUCAAGAACACCCGUGGGAUGUGCACGCCGUUGCAUACAUCGAGAAACUUCAAGAAUGGCGUGCCAUGCGUGCGCAAGUCGAAAAUGUGCAUGCACAAUUCGUCAGUUCCAUCCCAUCUGACUAUACAUUUAUCCUACCCUCCACCAGCACUGUCGACUACUACGCUGAGGCGUCAUGCACACAGAAGCUCGAGACGAAGUGGCGUUACAGCGAGGAGUGUGAGCGCAUGCUCCUGCAUGAUGUUGCCACCAUGGAAGUGAAGAUGGGCAUCACGAGACGCUGGCAACCGACUGACCGUGAGUACAUGGAAACUGUGAAGUAUAUUGUCGAGCGACGAUAUCACCGUGCACUCGAACACCUUCAACGCCUUGUCAUACAGCGUCUCUUUGAGCUUCACAAGCUCAAUCUUGCGCAGACUGCAUAUCAUGCGCGCACUCACAUUGCAAAGUCUCUGCAAACUCGGUGCAAGGCGAUCUGCAAUGCCGUGAAGACGUACAACGCUGCGGCCCUCACACUCGAUCCACCACGUCCUACCCUUGACUGGUCAAAAGUCUCGCACUACAGCUUCCUCGACGAGUUUGCGCUGCUUCAAGACACUCAAAAUGAUAUUCGUCAAAAGCCCUGGGCCACUCCAAUUGCACGUGAAUGUAUGAAGAAGGCACGUCGCCUCGAUCGUGCACAUGAAGAGGUCAUGCGUGUUGGUAUAGAAGCUCGGCGGCUGCAAACAUCAAUUGUUGAUGAGGAAAUCCUUUUCUCUCGUGCGCUAACUUCACUGGAUGAACAGAUGUCACCGUUAUAUGGAGCCGUUCAAGAGUUUUGCGAGCGCCGUCGCCACAUCAAUGCACGUCACCUUGCCCAUCUUCAACAGCUCUCAGAGCUUGAGGGUUUUGUGACCGAUCUGUCACCGGGACAACGCAAAGGUUCGACAGCAUCAUCAACAGAUUCUGGUGCACAUAUCACUCCGACAAUGCUCACUUGCACGAACCUGGUGGGCAUCGAGGACGACGAGCUACUUGCAGCACAGGAUGAUGAGGUCAAUGGGGAUCUUGGGGAACUUGUAGACUAUCUCUCAGAGUUAUCUGUGAAGGAGUAG